CCAAUCGCUUGUAGAGACCAUCGCUGGACCCAGGCGGCUGUGUCGAUCUCCGCUCCAAUUGAAGACCGGGUCCAAACCAUGGCGGAGAAGGCUCAAAAGAGUGUGAAGAUUGCUCCUGGAGCAGUUGUAUGCGUAGAAAGUGAAAUCCGGGGUGAUGUGACCAUAGGACCUAGGACGGUGAUCCACCCUAAAGCACGGAUUAUUGCAGAAGCUGGGCCAAUAGUGAUUGGUGAAGGUAACCUAAUAGAAGAACAGGCGCUUAUCAUAAAUGCUCACCCUGAUAAUAUCACCCCUGAUACUGAAGAUCCAGAACCAAAACCUAUGAUCAUUGGCACCAAUAAUGUGUUUGAAGUUGGCUGUUAUUCCCAAGCCAUGAAAAUGGGAGAUAAUAAUGUUAUUGAAUCAAAAGCAUAUGUGGGCAGAAACGUAAUAUUGACAAGUGGUUGCAUCAUUGGGGCUUGUUGUAACCUGAAUACAUUUGAGGUCAUCCCUGAGAAUACAGUGAUCUAUGGUGCAGACUGCCUUCGUCGGGUGCAGACUGAGCGACCACAGCCCCAGACACUACAGCUGGAUUUCCUGAUGAAAAUCUUGCCAAACUACCACCACCUAAAGAAGACUAUGAAAGGAAGCUCAACUCCAGUUAAGAACUAAGAACAAUAUAUGACAUCAAGAUAACAGUUUGUCUCUGACCGCUGUCUUUUGAAAGGGCCACAGUGUUUAUGUGCUUUUAGCAAUUCAUAGAAUAAUACAUGUUGGCUUUAUUUUAUUAAACUGAAUCAGAGAGGAAAGUAAUGGAUUUUCAUUGUAAUGUCCUCUAUAAUUUACAUAAAUUAUUUUCCUAUAUCCUUGCUUCUUUUACAGGUUUGGUUUAUUUUUUUGUCAUAUAAAAUGUUCUCCAUGGUUUUAGUUGUAUAAAAGACUCCCUGUGAUAAGAAAGGGCAUCUUAUUAUGUACUUUUAUUUUAGCAUAUAUUGUACUAAAUAAAAAUGCUAGCGACAGGACUUUCAGUGAACAUACUUUAAUCAAGUUUUCUACUUGGGUUAUCUGUGACAAAAUAGCUCUUUUAGUUUUUAUUGUGUACUAGCCAUAUUAAAUCUAAUGUGUUUAUCUUUUCCUUUUGUGGCUUUAGAGCUGUUUAAAAUUUCAGGUGAAAUUUCAGCAGCUAUUGAAUUAAUUUGACUUCAUCUUACUUCCAAGAAAAAGUUUAUUCUCAUUCUAGUAAAACAAGUAUUAGAAAAAGAUGUAUUCAGUAGCAUACAAACAAAAUCAGAAUGGUCUAUGAUGAAAAUGACAAGUCAAUGACCAUUGAGUCAUCCUGAGUUUCUGAAGAUAAUAAAACUAAAAGAGAUUUUGAUAUAUUUAUAAAUUUAGAAAAUUACUUUGGCACAUUACUAAUGACUAUUGAUCUUGUUAUUUAAUUACACAGUGGCAACAUAUUGAGGAUUUUAUUAUUUUCCUAAGUUUUUUUUAAUAAUUCAAACGUGUACAUUUGACAGAAUAUACCUUUUGAAGUUCUGAAACUGAACAGGUACAAUUUAGCCUUUGUUCCAAAUUUGAAUGGUUAAAUUCAAAUAUUCAUGACUCAAGUUAGAAAACUGUACUACUGCAUAUAGUGGAUUGAAAAAAGGAUAACAACAUCACAUAAAUGCCCUACUUUUGAUAA